CUCUGACAGGAUGAGCAACACUUUCGUAAACAUGGCGUCGUUCGGCGACGCGGAGACCUUACACUCGUCCAUUCCGGCUACUAAAGUUGAAAUCACAGUUUCUGGCAGUGGGGAGCAGCAAUGAUUUUGGAUGAGGCGCAGUGGAGCUGGCAGUCAGAGGGAGAAAGACAUUAAAGACCACCUGUCUGAGCUGCCCUGCAUUGAUCCUAUUAUUUUUGGAGGAAAAAAAAUCUUAAUUUUUACGCCUCCAGCGCUGAGAAGGAACAUCAACAUCAGCUUUAACCCCCCAGUGAAGGUCGAAAACAGAAACCUGCUGGACAGAGACACCUUUUCCAAGUCUGACCCAAUCUGCGUUCUCUACACACAAGGCAUCGGCAACAAGGAAUGGAGGGAGUUUGGCCGGACAGAGGUCAUCGACAACACACUGAACCCAGACUUUGUACGCAAAUUCAUUUUGGACUACUUUUUCGAGGAGCGACAGAACCUCAGAUUUGACUUGUACGACGUGGACUCCAAGAGCGCCAACCUGUCCAAGCAUGAUUUCCUCGGCCAGGCUCAGUGCACUCUUGGCGAGGUGGUGGGCUCUUUGGGAAGUCGCUUGGAAAAGCCCCUCGGUGGUAUUCCAGGGAAGAAAUGUGGGACCAUCAUUGUGAAAGCAGAAGAACUGAACAAUUGCAGGGAGUCUGUGAUGUUACAGUUCUGCGGGAACAAACUGGACAAAAAAGACUUCUUUGGCAAGUCGGACCCCUUUCUGGUCUUCUACAGGAGCAACGAGGACGGAACCUUCACCAUCUGCCACAAGACGGAGGUGAUCAAGACUACGUUGAACCCCGUGUGGCAGGCCUUCAAGAUCCCCGUCAGAGCUCUGUGCAAUGGAGAUUACGAUAGGACGAUCAAGGUGGAGGUUUACGACUGGGACAGAGACGGAGGUCACGACUUCAUUGGCGAGUUCAGCACCAGCUACAGAGAACUUUCAAGGGGACGCAACCACUUCAAUGUCUACGAGGUGAUUAAUCCAAAGAAAAAGUUGAAGAAGAGGAGAUACAUCAACUCUGGAACGGUAACGCUGCUGUCAUUCCUGGUUGACAUUGAAGUGACCUUCCUGGACUACAUCAAGGGAGGGACCCAGAUCAACUUCACCGUGGCCAUUGACUUCACAGCCUCCAACGGAAACCCGGCCCAGCCCACUUCCCUCCACUACAUGAGUCCAUACCAGUUGAACGCCUACGCCAUGGCGCUCAAAGCCGUCGGGGAGAUCAUUCAGGACUACGACAGCGACAAGAUGUUCCCCGCUUUGGGAUUCGGUGCCAAGCUCCCACCUGAUGGACGCGUCUCUCAUGAAUUUGCAUUGAACGGGAACCCGCAGAAUCCAUACUGUGCCGGCAUUGAUGGUGUGAUGGAAGCGUAUUACCAGAGUCUGAAGUCAGUGCAGCUGUACGGACCCACCAACUUCUCUCCUGUCAUCAACCACGUGGCCAGGUACGCAGCCUCAGUGAAGGAUGGAUCUCAGUACUUCGUGCUCCUCAUCAUCACUGACGGCGUCAUCUCAGAUAUGGCACAGACGAAAGAGUCCAUAGUCAACGCUGCCUCCCUGCCCAUGUCAAUCAUCAUCGUGGGGGUGGGGCCUGCAGAGUUCGACGGUAAACACUCUUCAAUACACGCAUUAAUAUUGCAUAAUCUCCUUUGGUGUCCGAUCAUUUUCACUGCUCUGUUUUUGAUCUCAGCCAUGAUCGAGUUGGACGGCGACGAGGUCAGAAUCUCGGCAAGAGGAAGACUCGCUGAGAGAGAUAUUGUUCAGUUCGUCCCGUUUCGUGACUACAUCGACCGGACGGGAAACCAUGUCCUCAGCAUGGCCCGUCUGGCCAAAGACGUUCUGGCGGAGAUCCCCGACCAGUUCCUGUCCUACAUGAGAACCCGCGGAAUUAAGCCAGCCCCAGCGCCUCCCCCGUACACGCCGCCGGCUCAGCCCCUACAAACCCAGAUCUGAGGUGGCGCUAGCUUGAAGCGAAUACAUACAUCUGGCAACAGACCCUCAUCAGAGGGUGAUUUAGACUCUGGGCUCUAUGUGGUCGCAGACACCACCUGCCGGGUCAGAGGGGCGGCAACCAAGCCAACGAGAGCCUGUUUCACUUCCACAGUCGAACAUUCCUGUCCAUGUGGAAUCUUUCAUUUUAGCCUAGAGGGCGCUGUAGAAAGUUUGUUUUCAGAUAUUUUUCAAACGAAUGUCUCCAGACGAAAUGACAGAAUUUUGGUGUAAAUACCGGAACAUUCUCUCCAUACGUCCGUCUCACCGGCUGUUUACAGGAAACCAGGAUUUCUACUCUUCGUACUUUUGUAAUGAAGACCCGUCUGUCUCUCUCCGCAUGUGAGACAGGCGCUGAUGAUCUGCAUGAGUGUAGCCGCGCUGCAGUGCAUGCAAGUAGCGUUCCUGCACUACCUCCUCCUCUGUCACCGUCACCAUUCUGUCUGUCCGCACUGAUUCCAGACCAGUGACACUCUAGUCUUCCUGAUGAUUCUUUCUCUCUUUCACUACUUGCUGUGUUUCCAGCUCAUUUUCUUGCUGGCAUGUUUUAAUUGACACUACAAUUACACGCGCAUCAAUUUCAAGAUGCGCGAGACAAAAGCCUGGGAUACAAAACACAAAACAAAUGAACAGUACAUGAUAAAUACACACAGAACAGUCAAAACAACAUACACACUCUAGAUUUUAGGACAGAGCGACAGAGUUUACUCACAACAUAGUAGAUCAACACAAACCUUUUUCACAUCUUAGUUACGCGUCUUCAAAACGUUUGUUAUUUUAAUAACAAGCUCGACUUUUUAACCAUUUGGGUUUAUUUUUCGCUGAAAUGAAUGGAAACACAGCCCUCCCUCUCUCUCCCCCUCGCUCCCUCCCUCUCCCCCUCUGCUGUCUGGGCAGGGGCAGCCAGUCGCUGGGGUCUUGUCCACCUUUGGUCUAACAUGACAGCUGCUCUCAAACUGAAGACAGUUUGGGAUUAAAAAAAGAGCCCAGUGGUCAAAAAUGCUGAUAAAAAAUCCCUUAGUUGAUGAUUUGUAUAAUUUGCUUUCAAGUUUGUUUGUAUUCUAGGUGUGAAUACAAUUGUUGUUUUGUUUUUUUUUGUGUGAGAGGUGAGCAUCAAGUGUUUGGUGCAUUAAUGUCAGAAUGAAUGUUGAGAAAUUGAAAACAUUGCUUCCUAUAAUAAUCUGACAAAAAAAAACAUUUAAAGGGGCCAUAGAAUAUUAUGUCAUAUCUAGUCAUUUUAGGAUUACGCAUGUCAUUUGCAGCAUUCAAACAGAGAUGCCAGUGUGAGUAUUACCCUUAUAUUUUUCAGAAAACUGUGUUUAUGUUGCAGUCCAGUCCCUGGGCCCUGGGAAAUUCGACGUCCCACUUUUAAGGUAACUGGAACGCUGAAGUGAGCUAACAUAGUUUAUGAUUUCAUAUGACUAUUUUUGAAGGAUGAGCCACUGUGUUUACAGAGGAAGGGAAAUGAAGGGCUGGCCUGACCAGCAAACAUCUUAAUUAUUGCCAGUAAACCAAAACCAAAAAGUAUUAUGACACAAGUAUCAUAUGACAGAGCAGCUAAAUGAAGUGUUCAAUGUAGCUUCAGUGCCAAGUGGGUGUAGCUUUAAGAUGCUGUAGCUGGAACUUUAGCGUACAGUAGCUAUUGUUAUUCAUGUCGCUAAAGUUGCUGAAAUGCCAAUGUAGUUUGAAGAGCUCGAGUGCUAGUAUACUGUAGCUACAGUGUUGUACAGAUGAUGUGCUUUUCCAACUCAAGUGUGACUCUUCAUAUCAUCAUAUCAACUUUAAAUAUUUAUUUGGUGACUAGAUAUUUGUAAAUGUAGCUGACGCGUCCAUGUAGCUGCAGUGAUCGCAGUAACAACCCAGUUAGCAUGACAGUGUCUGCAUUAUUCUAGAGUUCAGUACUGUUGAUUUCUGGAGUCAAGACAAACCAAGUCAGGUGUUGUAAGCUAUUUUGUUUCUAUGGGCCCUUUAAAUAUCUCACUGACCAAUUACCACGUUCUUAACUGGAUCUGCUGCUGUUAAUAAUACACAUAAUUUACAAUUAAAUAGUGUUUCCUCUUCUUUCUAUCGACUAAUAUACAUAGUUACAUUUAUUUUUUAUAAAAUAUUCAUAUAUCAUGAUGUGUCAAUUCAGACGGAAGUAUUUAUUUUACGUAUAUAUUUUAUCACUUGUGAAUCUGAGUCAUCGGUUAUUGUGAUUCGCCCGUCCGACCCAAGCUGCCACAGGUCUUUUCAGGUCUCCAUUAACCCUUCAGGCGCCAGAGUUUUUCAAUGAAGUACACAACUUUGAUAUCACUCUUUCAAAAGGCUGUAGUUUUAAGCGUGAUGGCUAAAGAUGUAGGCGAAGGUGGCCAUUGUGAAUUAUAUUACAUUUGUGGAUGUUGAAACUUUUCCUCAUCUCUUAAGCAACAAUGCAUCAUCAGUUGUUUACGGCUGGACCGUGGACCGUGUCCCUCCUUCCACCCUCCCUUCGACCGUGUCUGCUGCUAUUUACUUGAUUUUUUUUUCCCAGCAAGUAUUCGACCUUGCCCCCACAACAGGCACACUGCCACUACGCUCACAAGCAGCGUCACUUUCUGUCUCAAUGUACGAGUCCGAGUCACUCAACCUGGCACUGUGUGUUUUGCACCUAACUGUGGCCUCCCUCCUCACCUCAACCAGGGUUGGUAGAAACAACACGCCCUCAAAUGUUCCUCAGACUGAAGUGACAAGUGUCCGCCGUCUUCUUGUGUGUUAGCGACAUCGCUCACCAUAUUUGCAGCUUGGCUUGUUUAAACUGUGGCGCUUAAAGGGUUGACUCUGCCAAGUAUUCACUUCAGACUGUAGUUUAAAUUGCCAACACCUGCUUUGAUCUGACGAUUUAAAUGGGUGUGUGAGAAACACACGCGUCACAAGGUCAUGGAUUCCUCCCAUCAACCUGAUCUACUGCCUUGCUAUGUGUGAAGUUAGUCCAGUGACCCCUGACCUACAUCUGCCCACGCUGGCUCUGACAAGUUUCGUGAUUUGUGUAUGUGUGACAUUCAAACGUUUCAGGGACUAACUUCUGUGUCAGCUCACAAAAACCAGCAACUUGGUCUAAUAACAGCCGCGGAAGACGCCGGCACCUGCUGUGCUCGUAGACAUCGUUAGCUACGUGGGUCAAACUCCAGAGCUCAUUACAUCUGACUCUGGGACUCCUGGGUCAGAACUGCCUUCAUUAUGGCCCAGAUGAAGAGAUUCCAGUCGGCGCUGUUCGAAGAAUCCAUUUCUUGUGAAAGUUUCCCGAACUAUGUAAAUGACUUGUUGUGGUUGUAACCAUGGCAACUGGCAGCACAAAUGACAUGAAGAUGAAAUAUUCCCGGGGGAGUGAAUUCGGGAGCUGGUGCCUAGAUGGUGUCGCUUGGCUGUCCACAGCCUGUGAGCUCCACUGAAGAGCAGGAGAGCGGCACAUCUGAAUGAAGUAGAUACGUAGGAGGAGUCUGGAGACAGCAUCUGUUGCAUGAUCACAGGUGGAAGAUGUGGGUUUGACUCCGGCAUAAUGUAACAUGUAGGUCUCCCUGGCACUCCGGUUUCCUCCCAAAACAAACAGAGGUGCAUAGAUGACUCUAAAUGUUCCAUAUGAGUCCAUCUGAGCACUUCUCUGCCUGUAUGUGUCCAGCGAGGCACUGGUGGCCAGUCCACUCCAGGGUGUCUCCUGUUCCUCACCCCAAAUAGCUGGGAUGCAUUUUGGCGUCUACUCACCCUGAAUUAAAUAGUUCUGACCAGGUAGCUUCAUUAUUUCAUCAGAAUGUGCUAACUUCUUUGUUAAACCGUCCGAACUCAGAACAUCUGGCUGGUAACUCAUUUGCCUACACACCAACAAUUCCUCAUACAUUUUCUGAAAUGAAUUCAGGACCAAUUCAGUGGAUUCAAAUUUGUGAAUAAUAAUCCGAUGUCUUCAUCAUUUAUCAGAUAAAAGUAUUGUCUCCAGCUGUAGUUUUGCCCAAUGUUUUUUUUUUUUUUUUUUUAACAACCUACAAAACUGAUCACAUUCAAAAAUCACUCUUUAUGGGAUGUAGCAUGCACAAUUCCAUCUUGCUUUAUUUCUUUGAAUUAUUUCCAUUUUUCACGUAAACCUAUGACUACAAUAAAUGGCAUUCAUUCCUGAAAACAACCUUCUCACAAAAUUCCUAUCAGGGUUGUUGAUGUUAUGUAUACAACAUGGCUAUAGUUCCACUUGCCAACACUGCCAGUUCCGGUUUUUAGGCUAUUUUUUUUCUCUUUCUCUGGCGUGUGCAUCUGAGCGUGCAUGUUUGUCCUUUUCUACAAGUUUUACAACACAGUGUGAUGUGUUUGAUGGAACCUUUGUUUACUGAAACUAUCCAAAUAUCGUAUGCUCGUCAUAUUUUGGAGAAAAAAAUGGUGCACUAUGUUUGCAUGUGCAGUUUUACACUGUUUUCAGAUCUCAACAUUUAUAUAUACAGUAUAUAUAUAUAUGACAACUACACAUUGGUUCCUGUACUAUUUGGCCUUAACUCAGUGAUUCUCUCGUUUUGCUGCCUUCUUACGGACUUUAUCUCUUGGUGUUGUGUUUUUGAUGCUUUCUAGUGUCUUGCACAAGUUCAAUUCUGUAUAAAGCCCAAACAAAUCUUGUACUUUUUUGUAACUGUGAUUGAUCCGAAGAGCAUGGCGGACGUUCGUCUGAAGAUCAUAGAUGACUAUUUCUGUAUCAAAC